CCCACCCGUCCCUCCUGCCUUCCCCUCCUCUCGGAUACUACUGCUCUCUCCGUUCCUGUUAUCUCUGUGUAUCCCCCUACCCGCUGGGACUAAGCCGGAUUGCAUCUGCGGGAAUCUUUUGAUAUCGGCUCCUGGUGUCGUCUAAUUCAUUCCGUGGUGGACCAGGCAGCCAGAAGACCAUUCUCCAUGAGGAGCAGUGGAAGAUGCCGGCUCUGCCAGCGCUGCUGCUGUCGAUUUACUUCCUUAUCCUGUUGCUGACCAUGGCCCCGCUCUCUUUCACCCAGGCUCCUGCGCUCUCCUCCGUCAGAAUGGCGGCCAUUUUGGACGACCAGGCAGUGUGUGGGAGGGGGGAAAGGCUGGCGCUGGCUCUGGCCAGGGAGAACAUUAACAGUCUGUUUGAAGGCCCUUCCAGAGCCCGUGUUGAGGUGGACAUCUUUGAGCUGCAGAAGGACUCCCAGUACGAGACCACCGAUACCAUGUGUCAGAUAUUACCGAAAGGGGUGGUAGCUGUGAUUGGCCCCGCCUCCAGUCCCGCCUCAGGCUCAACUGUCAGUCACAUUUGUGGGGAGAAAGAGAUCCCUCAUGUGAAAAUAGGCCCAGAAGAGACACCCAAACUCCCAUACCUCCGCUUCGCCUCGGUCAGCCUGUACCCCAGCAACGAGGACCUGAGCCUGGCAAUAGGGGCCAUCCUCCGCUCAUUCAGCUACCCCACCACCAGCCUCAUCUGUGCCAAGGCAGAGUGUUUACUACGACUGGAGGAGCUGGUGCGACGCUUUCUCAUCUCCCGGGAAACGCUGUCCGUUAGGAUGCUGGACGAAAGCUUGGAUCCCACCCCUCUGCUAAAGGAGAUCAGAGACGACAAAGUGGCCACCAUCAUCAUCGAUGCCAACGCCUCAAUCUCCUAUAUCAUACUCCGAAAGGCUUCGGAGCUGGGGAUGACAUCAGCGUUUUACAAGUACAUACUCACCACCAUGGACUUUCCUCUGCUCCGAUUGGACAACGUGGUGGAUGACCAGUCAAACAUCGUGGGUUUCUCCAUGCUUAACAGCAGCCAUCCCUUUUACCUAGAGUUCAUCAGGAGUCUUAACCUGUCCUGGAGGGAGGGUUGUGACCUCAGCCCAUACCCCGGCCCUGCGCUGUCGUCGGCGCUCAUGUUUGAUGCGGUGCACGUGGUGGUGGGGGCGGUCCGGGAGCUGAACAGGAGUCAGGAGAUCGGAGUGAAGCCGCUGAGCUGCACCUCUCCUCAGAUUUGGCAGCACGGAACCAGCCUGAUGAAUUACCUGCGCAUGGUGGAGUAUGACGGAUUGACCGGCAGAGUAGAGUUCAACAGCAAAGGUCAGAGGACAAACUACACCCUAAGGAUCCUAGAGAAGCACCGUGGAGGUCAUAAAGAGAUUGGGAUCUGGUACUCUAAUAACACGUUGGCGAUGAACUCCACCUCUCUGGACAUCAACAUGUCGGAGACGCUGGCGAACAAGACACUCAUCGUGACCACAAUAUUGGAGAACCCGUACGUGAUGCGCAAGUCCAACUACCAGGAGUACCAGGGAAACGACCGCUACGAGGGCUUCUGCGUGGACAUGCUCAGAGAGCUGGCGGACAUGCUCAAGUUCUCCUUCCGGAUCAAGCUUGUGGACGACGGGCUGUACGGGGCACCCGAGCCAAAUGGCUCCUGGACCGGCAUGGUGGGAGAGCUCAUCAACAGAAAAGCAGACUUGGCGGUAGCCGGCUUCACCAUCACCUCAGAGAGAGAGAAGGUCAUAGAUUUCUCCAAACCUUUCAUGUCUCUGGGCAUCAGCAUCCUGUACAGAGUCCAUUUGGGACGGAAACCUGGCUAUUUCUCCUUUCUGGACCCAUUCUCUCCGGCCGUGUGGCUCUUUAUGCUGCUGGCUUACCUGGCUGUCAGUUGCGUACUCUUCCUUGCUGCCAGGUUGAGUCCGUACGAGUGGUACAACCCGCACCCGUGUUUGAUGGGGCGCAAGGACAUGCUGGAGAACCAGUACACCCUGGGCAACAGUCUGUGGUUCCCGGUGGGGGGCUUCAUGCAGCAGGGCUCGGAGAUCAUGCCCCGCGCCCUGUCAACACGCUGCGUCUCCGGGGUCUGGUGGGCCUUUACUCUGAUCAUCAUCUCGUCGUACACGGCCAACCUGGCAGCCUUCCUUACAGUUCAGAGGAUGGAGGUGCCCAUCGAGUCCCCUGACGACCUGGCCGACCAGACCAACAUCCAGUACGGGACUAUCCAAGGAGGCUCCACCAUGACCUUCUUCAUGAACUCUCGCUACCAGACCUACCAGCGCAUGUGGAACUACAUGCACUCCAAGCAGCCCAGUGUGUUCGUGAAGAGCACCGAGGAGGGCAUCGCCCGGGUGGUCAACUCCAAGUACGCCUUUCUCCUGGAGAGCACCAUGAACGAGUACCACCGCCGGCUCAACUGCAACCUCACCCAGAUCGGGGGCCUGCUGGACACCAAGGGCUACGGCAUCGGCAUGCCUCUGGGCUCACCGUAUAAAGAGGAGAUUACACUGGGGGUCUUACAGUUGGCAGAGAACAACAGGCUGGAGAUCCUGAAAAGGAGGUGGUGGGAGGGGGGGCAGUGCCCUAAAGAGGAGGACCACCGAGCCAAAGGUCUGGGCAUGGAGAACAUCGGAGGUAUCUUCGUGGUCUUGAUCUGCGGCCUCAUCAUAGCCGUAUUUGUGGCCAUCAUGGAGUUUUUAUGGUCCACCCGCCGCUCCCCGGAGACAGAAGAGGUGUCCGUGUGUCAGGAGAUGCUAACCGAGUUCCGCAACGCCAUCUCCUGUAAGAAGAGCUCGCGCUCACGACGGCGGAGGCCCUUGUCCAGUACCGGCGGUGUGCUGCGCCACCCCACCCGUCUUCAGCUGGGUGCCCCGAGACCGAUCCGUCUGGUCCGUGAAAUGCGCCUCAGCAACGGCAAGCUCUACAGCGGCACUGGGCCGCUCACGGGUGGAGGCGGAGCAGCGGGAGGGGUAUGCAGGUCCUCAGGCGGGGGCCCCUCAGACAUGGGCCCGGGGCCACAGCGCCUCCUGGAAGACCCGCUGGGGGCCAACACAACGCCGCCCCCUCCUCCAACCUCCGCCGGCGCCGCAGCGCCGCCGUCCCGGAGCUGUGCCCACGUACGGAUCUGCCAGGAGUGCCGGCGGAUACAGAGCCUGAGGUCGGGGUCAUCGCGCAUGCCCCACCAUCUCGGCCCCCACUCCUCCCUGUCCCUGCCUCGCCUCCCGCCGCCCCCGCCCCCCUCCUCCACCAACACUGACAGCGAGGGGGGCGGCUGCGGUUCGGCCAGUCCCAGGCGGCCGAAGCCCACGCCCCCUCCGCGGCCCUUGCCUCCGGCCAAGACGUCCACCGCGGACCUGCUGCUAUUGAAACAAGACUGAAGAUGGAUGGAGGGGUCGGACAUGUGGGGGUAAGAACCAGGUCAGUCAAAUGCCGGAGCUUUGGCAGAAAAAGGCGUUGGAUCAGGGGCUGUGAGAUUGUAGUAUACUGACACAGCCGGAGCGAACCAUUACGAUCCAGAAGUGGUGGCGAGGGGUUAUACCAACCCAGUCAAGGCAUUUCUGCUAAACCAGGAGUCCUGCUAAACCAGGAGACUGGUUGAACCAAGUGACUGACUAAAGCUAAGGACUAACUAAUAUAUCUGACUGUUUAAAAUAAGUUACCGUGGACUACAUGGUGCGUCCAGACACUGACAGACACCCGGAUCACCCUUAAUGUUGCUCCCCAGCUAAGCUCCUCUGCCGCAGCAACAACACUGUGGAGAGGGAUGGCAUGUUAAACCAGCCCAUGGUUUCCACUUUAAUGUGCUAUGCAACAGGCUGUUUAUACAGGGGAAAAGGACUUCUAACCGCCCAUGACCUUUAGCCUCUGGGGCAUUGACAAACCAUAUGAGGAAUGUUCCACAGUAGGCAUCCACUGUAGGACCCGAAGGUAUGUUCUAGCGGUCAACACUGGGAUUUUACUCAGAGUAACCUGGAUCUGAUGAGAGGACAUAUCUCUCAAGCCAGGGAGCGGUUCAGAGGACUGUUGUUCACACACGCACGCACACACACAGUAACUCUUUGGCUAAGAGUAGAUGCUUCUCACCAGAAGAUGCAUCUUUCCUUCCCCAAAUCUGCUACAACAGCUCAAACAGUGGAAUUCUGUAAAAGUAGAGGAUGAAAAAGAAAAUAUUGCGUGUUCUCUGUGUGCUUCCUCUACGAUUCCUACUCAUUUCUUUUCUUUCUUUCUUACAUAAAAUAUUUUUACUGUCAUCAUUGGCUUCUUGGUCACUGCGUAGCUACUGACUUGUUUUUGGUUCAUCUUUAUAAGAUACUGGAGAAGCUUGUGCAGAUCAUGACUAUUCAUGCAUAAAAGAGGUCUCUUCCCAGCCAGUCAGAAGCCCCUGAACAAAGGGCGUAGGUCAUUAGUCUACAGAGGCCGUCCCCGAAACAGAUACUGACAGUAGGCCCAGAUCAAAUGACUCAAUGUUACAGUCCAUGUUGGCUUGUCACUAUAGCAGUGUGGUUGCUUUCCACUGAUCAACGGCCCAGUUUUGCCACAUACUUUUAACGACAGAGUUAGUGCGCCCUUAUCAAAUCGCUGGACAACAGAGCUAAAACUCACACCAGAAGGAUACAUGUUGAAUCUUUCAGACAGAUCAGGGUUCAAGAAACUGGCUUUAAAUGAAUAAGCGGAAACACGAGUGGAUACUCCAAAAUAAUGACUAUGGUUAUAAAAACAGGAGACAUUCACAGUCCUUUCCUGGUAGGAUUUGUUGUGAAAGAUGGUGGGUUAUCUGUGACAAAACUGUGUGUGUGUGUGUGUGGUUGGGGGGAGGGGUUUGCGGGGCAGUUUGGUGAGUGGUCUGUCUGCCUGUCUGCAUUUCAUGGAACGGAUGUCUUCAUUUUGUCACAUUCUGUUCUUCUUUUCUUUCUUCCUUUCUCUCGGGUUUCUAUACCGGUCCUUGAUGGAUUAUUAAGAAAAUGGAGAUACAUGGAUAUUAAUCUAAUUAUAUUGUUAUUAUUAUUACUAUUCAAGUGUUGGUUACUGUAGGAGGGUCGCGACCCUCUCAUGUUAAAUAUAUAGACACCCAGAGGUAUUUGGAAUAAAAAACACUAUACAAACGUCUGAAUCCGGUGUCUUGGCAUAUGUCCCUGAUUGUGUGUGCAUAAACGUCUUAUAAAGUCCUCUGUUUGCAGCUGUUAUAUGGCAGUACAUGCGGCGAUGGUGGUCUGUCAUACAGGAAGUCGCUUAUUGCUCUGGCACAUUUAGUAAAUAGGGCAAGACAAUAUGCAAGUAGAAUACAGUGAUUCAGUCGAUGAAAGCAACAAGUAAAAAUGCAUUUCUCACCUAACGGAUUCCAAAUGUCUGCGAUGGAUUCGUUUCAUUGGAGCUCCCUCGUGCUUGUUAUGUUGACUGUUGGAUGCAGCAACGGCCAGAAUCAACCGUGUCUGGUGGAGGAAGUAGUGGGAAACUACGUCAGGUUUGAAACCAACCUCGACCCCUCACAUGUGGCCAACUUUGCCACUUUAACGUGGCUUUUCAAUGGACUGGUGCCAAUUGUUACAUCUGUGUCCACUAACGUGAACAUUGAACGCGGCUAUGAAGGAAGAGUGUCACUGAAUUCAUCCACCUUUGCCCUGACGCUUGGACCUUUGACGAAGGAAGACAGUGGGGAUUAUUCUGUUUCCAUUAUCAGUCAAUCUGGGGUUUACUUGACCGAAAGCUUUUCGCUCAGAGUUGUAGGUGAGCAUUCUCUUUACCCGAGUAAUGAUUUCAUUGCAAGUGCGUGUCCCAAUUCAAUUCUUACCCUUCAUAUCACUUCUCAGAUUAACUAAGUUCUACCUCUCCUCAUCUCCCUUUAGAAAAUUUCUCCAACCAGGUGGUCUGUUCAAGCUGCCCAUUUUGGCUUUUGACUCUCUCUCUCUUUUUCACUUGGAUCUAAGGGCAGGACUUCACCUGUCCUAAAAGCCUCCGAGAGGUUCUGUGUGCCAUCAACUUCACACACACAAGCAUUCACUCACAACCAACACGCAUGCGUGCGCACACACACACAGACACAAAGAAAAUAUCACAAAAUGCGUGUACUACCGUGUUAAUUAAAGUAAUUGUUCAUG